AUGACCAACAAAUCUGAACCAAGUGCUAAGGAGUUUGCAAUAAACCUUCUUCCGCUGCAUCAUCAUCCCACCGUCAAGAUUAAGAUAAGCUCCAGCGAUCAUGAAUACGAAAUAUCAAAAUACCUCCUUUGCAAAGACUCUACCUACUUUGCAGGAAUGUUUGAAGGUAAUUUUGCAGAGAGAGAGCAGCAGGUAGCAACUCUGAAAGAAAUGGAAGGGGUGGUCUCAGUGCCGAGUUUCGAAGCACUCAUACAGUGGCUAUACCUGCACAGAAUCCAAUUUGAUUGCGAAGGCCCAGAAGACCAAAUAUCGGCUUCGAUAGAGCUCGUCAGGCUUGCAGACAUGUGCAAUAUCACCGGGUUGGAAUCGCAAAUGGCUCAGUAUAUCAAGGAUUUACUUAUUGCCAAUCCUGAUCCCAAGGGCAAUAACUUCCUUGACCCUGUACGAUCCAUCGAUACCAAUACCUAUUGCCUCACACGUCAGCAUAUCCUUUGGGCAACCUAUUUGCCUUCAGGGCAUUUGGUGCGUCGCAUCCUCGCGGCAGCCUCGGUUGAAGGGUAUCUUCGAGAUAAGAACUACAAAUUUGUGCAGGAAACCCAGGAGUAUCCCACCUUCGGAGCUGACCUACUUCAAGAAGUGAGGUUAGCGCUAGGUGGACUCAAGGUCACGCCGAAAAAGACCAUCCUGGAAGACCCUAUCAGUGGAGCGGCAAUUAGUAUCAACUCUGGCGGAGACUUCUAA